GAUAAGAUUGAGGAGCUAACAGGAAUACCAUGUGAUGUACAGAAGAUCAUGGUAGGCUAUCCACCGUCCAGCUUGGAUCUACGCAAUGGUGAAGCCCACCUCAAAGACUACCCUAUCAAAUCAGGAGAGAAACGAAAAUGAUUGGUCGACGAUUUCCUUAUGUACAGUUCUGACGCCUCACUGUACUUCACAGCACUGACACUGUAGAAGCAAGUGAACCUGCUGGGCUGCCACCUCGUUUCUGCACUAAAGGGGACAUGCAGUUUCAUCAACACUGUUAAGGAACUUUGAAUUCAUUUAAGGAGGAGGUUUCAUCAUUCGCAAAUGCCGAUAAGUGACAUGUGGAAAGAAGCCAAUGGCCUCAACACAAUGGGUGAAAUUGACAGUAAUGGGAGCUGUGACAGCGUGGUCAGUUUCAACUCAAGCUUUAGUGAUAACAGUCUGGAGUAUCUCUCUCCUGAGGAGAGGGCUUGUCUCAUGUAUCUAGAGGAGACCAUUCAGUCACUGGAUAUCGAGGAUGACAGUGGCCUCUCCAAUGAUGAGUCUGAUAAGCUGCCAGCUCGAGGAAAUGUGGCUAACAAAGUGGCACACUUCGCUGCAUCACUAAGACUCAACAAGCUCCCUAGUCAAGAUGUGCCCAAAAGCCAAAGUAAAGAUACAUCUAGCAGCUUGGUGCAAAAUGAAAUUCUGAAUUCCAAGGCUCCUACUCCAUUUGUCCUUGCAAACCAUAACUCACGAAUCCAAAGCAGACCUGAAUUAGCUGCAUUCCAGAUUAAUACAUCACCCAAAGUGGCUUGUGAAAGUAACCAGCUCCAUCAAGAAGCUCCACGAGUUCCCUCGGAGGUGAGUGUGGUGGUAAUACCACCUCCAUAUAAAAUCAAAGGCGGUAAUGAUACUGUGGAAGAAGAACAGAAUAAACAUCAGCCAGAGAGUGUGGCACAUAGAGGACCACUCUCGUAUGAGGCUCUGGUGCAUCUGCGCAAGAGUGCAUCGAUGCGGAGAACUGAAGCCAAAACCGAAGAACAGCAGGUUUCUACUAAUAAAGAUCAUGAGGGAAACAUCUCUAGAUCUUACAAUUCACAGGCCAUGACAACCAGGAGCUCCAAGCCCAAUCCUCCACCUGUGGCCCCUAAACCUAAAAUGAAAACCCCAAUGAGCCAGGAAGGAGCCUCCGACCCCAAGGUCGAAUCAACCAUGCCUUCCUCAGAGGUAUUGACUGUAGAUAAAUUAAUGAAUCCAGAAAAAGUAAGAUUGCAGGCUCUUUGCAAGUUGGGUAUCCUCAAGGAGGAUACAGAGAACCCAAUCUGCCAACAACUAAAGCAUUCAGAGUCCUCGGUGCAAAGCAGGACUACAAGUGAACCUCCACGUGUUCCUGCAAAACCUGCAAAGAAAAUAAACCAGCCAGUACAAAGUUACAAUCCUGUCCACCAAAGAUCCGUGAGUGAUCUUUCCACAGCUUCUUCUUAUCCGCAACAUGAAAGUAUGACUUCAAUCUGGAAAUCUGCCACACUGGAACGCACUGGGGUGGGACUGUCAGAUUCUAACAUCACAGUCUCAAAUGCAGUUUCUCUGAACCAGCAAUCAAGUACUUCUACACUAGGAACCAAAAAACCCUUUACAGACACUCAAACGGAUACUAGUGAAUCCACAAAACCGGCAUCUCGUUCCAGAGGUUUCACCGUGCCGGUUCCCAGCAUUGGAAGUGAUCGGAGAGAGGCAUUACGAAAACUAGGACUUCUAAAAUACUGAGAUUUGUUGACAGUAUGCUCUCUGCUUGUUAAGUCACGAUGCAUCAAAUACUGUUUCCAAGCCCAAGCUUUUUCAUUUUAAGUAAGAAUAAGAUUUCAUGCAAUACAAGCGCUAUUCAUUUAACAGCUUUCUCACAGUUUAUGCUACAGCCUCUGGUCUCGUGGUGUCCUGGACACCAAUUUUUUUUUGUAAAGAUUUAUUUUUGUCAUUUUUGCCUUAUGAUAGGACAUUGUAGUGGAGACAAGGAAGCAAAGUGGGAGAAAGGGGGGGAGGGUAAGGUCGGGAAAUGUCCUUGAGCCGGGAUUCGAACUCGGGACAACCGUAGCGUAACAGCGCUAUUGUGGCCAUGGACCUCGAAACCAGUCAUAAAGGUCAAUUUGUUGAAAAUGAGAUUCAUACAUCAUCUAAAAGCUCAAUAAAUAGGCUUUCCAUUGAUGUAUGGUUUGUUAGGAUAGGACAAAUACAACUUUUUGAAAAUCUGUGGGUGCAAAAAAAUCAAAAUAUUGAGAAAAUUGCCUUUAAAGUCGUCUAAAUGAAGUUCUAAUGAAUAUUACUAAUCAAAAAUUAAGUUUUGAUACAAUUAUGGUAGGAAAUUACAAAAUGUCUUCAUAGAACAUGAUCUUUACUUAAUAUCUUAAUAAUAAUUUUUGGCAUUAAAGAAAAAUAGAUAAUUUUGACCCAUAAAAUGUAUUGUUGGCUAUUGCUACAAAUAUACCCGUGCUACUUAUAAUUGGUUUUGUGGUCCAGGGUCACAUAUGUCGGCAUGCUGCCCUCAAGGCUAUCCAAUAUUUUAACGAUUUUAACGAUUUUUAAAACAUGAAUCACUGUCUAGUCAACUAUGAUUCCAGUAUCAAGAUUUUGUUGUUCACAUUUGGCAUCUGAAGGAGUGUCUGGACCCUGAAACUCCUGUUGAGAUAAUCACCUAAUCCUGUUAAGAUUAGGUGUUUUGAAGCAUGGCAGCUGGUUUGAGAUGGUUUAAGCUGGUCUUUAAUUGGUUAUGAGUUGGUUGUGAGUUGGUCAUGUGCUGGCCCUAACCUGGUCCAGCAACUAGCUCAGAACCAGCUCUGGACCAGCUUAAACCAGCUCACAAAUAAUGUUGUUGUUUUUUCAACAGGGCUGUGACACAUGACGUCAGACUUAACAACCGAAUAAUAAAAGUAAAUUGUGCAUAAUAAUAUAAUAUAAUGUUCCUUUUAAAACUGAAAACAUCCUGACCUACAUUAGCUCAACCAGUGACAUGAGUUUAAGGCAUUUGAUGCAGUUGAUGGUAGCACUAGUUGCACAGAAAUUGCACAGUUCAGGGUGGCACUUUACUUUUAAUUGAUUAAUUACUAAAUCUAAAUGUGACUUUAACACCUGGAUGCCUUUGCCUAUUUUAGCACUAAUGAUUAAGAUAAUACAGUAUGUUUACAUUUCCAGGUGGACCCAAGUAUCUUUCAUUUCGAACUACAUCUAAGUAGAUUAGCAGUUAGCCUUAAAUUACUCUUUGAUCUUACUUUUGGAAUCCAGCUUUAUGGAUCAUGCCUGUUUUGCUAAUCAGUUUCUUCAGAAAAUCACUUCCUAUUUUUUUUCAAAUACAAUGGAGUAUAUCUGCUUCACCGGAGACUGUUGAACCUGAGGAACUCAGACUCCCACAGAUCAGCUAUCAGUCAUACUCCUCAAUUUACACGCCAGUCAGUGAGAUCUGACACAGCACUUCAGUGGAUUAGCGCAUUAUCUUGGGUUGCAACCAACCGACUGGUGUUCAUGUUACCUGGCCUCUCAGAUUCAUCUGUCAUUAAAGUUCUUUAUCUCGGAAUGUGACCUAGUUCAUGACUUACACUGAGAAUGGUUCCUUCUGUUUGUAUUGACUCAGUUAACAGUUGCCCUUUCACAGCUGCUUCUCUAACCAAAUCCACACCGUAGUGCACAUGGAAAGUAGCCAUAAAUGACGGCAAUGUUUAACCACAGAACACACAUGAAUAAAGCAAUAAUUGCAGCUUAAUAUGUCUUAAUUGGUUUGUCUGGUUGCUGUGAAUGAUCAGAUAGCAGAAUAUGUGACCCUGGACCACAAAACCAUUCAUAAUGGUCAAUUAAAUGAGAUACAUCUUCUGAAAGCUGAAUAAAUAAGCUUUCCAUUGAUGUAUG